AUUCCACGUUUCUUCAGGCCCUCGACCACGAUUGCACGGCUCAUCUUCUCACAAGGCAAGUCUGCCGAAGGAAAGUAGAAACGAGAGAUGUCUGCACUUUUCAACUUUCAAUCACUGCUCCUUGUCAUCCUUCUAUUAAUCUGUACAUGUACAUACGUCCGGGCCAUUGCGCCCAGGCUUGUGGAUAGGAAUAAGCAGGGCUUUCUCGGAAUUUUCUUCAUGUCUGCCCGAAUAGGAGAACGUCUUUCUCCGUAUGUCUCUCUGGCGUGUAUCGUUAUGGCGAUCACAUUGUUGUGGCAAUGAAAUCAAGCAGAGUUCGAGUCGUAU